AUGCUAAAUCUACAAGAUCGAAUAAAUGGUGUCGACGAAGGAAAAGCCUAUUUAGGGAAACGGAUUUCCAUUCGAGAUAAACUGCUUGCACAAGAAUUAUGCGAGUUAGAAUCGAGCUUAAAGAAGACGCCAACAUGUAAGCUUCAUUUUCCUUCAACUUCUGCUCUUCAUCAGAUGGAGUUGACUGUAACUCCAAACGAUGGCAUGUAUAAGGGUGGAUCUUUCAAGUUUUCAAUUACCGUACCUCCAGAAUACAAUUAUUCACCACCAAUCGUGAAAUGCCUUACACGUAUUUGGCAUCCGAAUAUUAGUGAAGAAGGAGCAGUUUGUCUAUCACUGCUUCGUCAGAAUAGCUUGGAUAACUUUGGAUGGUUACCAACACGUCGUAUUAUCGAUGUAAUAUUGGGUCUUAAUUCGAUUUUUGGCGAUUUAAUCGAUUUCGAUGAUGCGUUAAAUGCCCAAGCAGCACAGAUGUGGUAUUCAAACAAGGUUUGA